AUGCAGCUGAAAAUAAUGCCGAAAAAGAAGCGCUUAUCCGCAGGCAGAGUGCCCCUGAUUCUCUUCCUGUGCCAGAUGAUUAGUGCCCUGGAUGUGCCUCUUGAUUCAAAACUUCUUGAAGACUUGGUACAACCUCCAACCAUCACUCAACAGUCUCCAAAAGAUUACAUUAUUGACCCUCGAGAGAACAUUGUGAUCCAGUGUGAGGCCAAAGGGAAACCUCCUCCCAGCUUUUCCUGGACCCGAAAUGGGACUCAUUUUGACAUCGAUAAAGACCCUCUCGUCACCAUGAAGGCUGGCUCAGGAACCCUCGUCAUUAACAUUCUGAGCGAAGGGAAGGCAGAGACCUACGAAGGCGUCUAUCAGUGCACAGCCAGGAACGAACGCGGAGCUGCCAUUUCUAAUAACAUUGUUGUUCGUCCAUCCAGGUCACCGUUGUGGACCAAAGAAAAACUUGAACCAAUAACACUUCGAAGUGGCCAGUCUUUGGUACUUCCCUGCAGACCUCCAAUUGGUUUACCACCAGCUAUAAUAUUCUGGAUGGAUAAUUCCUUUCAAAGACUUCCUCAGAGUGAGAGGGUUUCCCAGGGUCUGAAUGGAGACCUUUAUUUUUCCAACGUUCUCCCAGAGGAUUCCCGCGAAGACUAUAUCUGUUACGCCAGAUUUAACCACACUCAAACCAUACAGCAGAAGCAGCCUAUUUCUGUGAAGGUGAUUUCAGUGGAUGAAUUGAAUGACACUAUAGCAGCUAAUUUGAGUGACACUGAGGUUUAUGGUGCUAAAUCAAGUAGAGAGAGGCCACCAACAUUUUUAACUCCAGAAGGCAAUGCAAGUAACAAAGAGGAAUUAAGAGGAAAUGUUCUUUCAUUAGAAUGUAUUGCAGAAGGACUGCCCACACCAAUUAUUUACUGGAUAAAAGAAGAUGGAACACUACCCACCAACCGGACAUUUUAUAGGAACUUUCAGAAAACUCUGCAGAUCACCCAAGUUUCAGAAGCAGACUCGGGGAAGUACCAGUGUAUCGCCAAAAAUGCGUUAGGGGUCAUCCAUCACACCAUCUCUGUCACAGUAAAAGCGGCUCCAUACUGGAUCAUGGCACCUCAAAAUCUUGUGCUGUCCCCAGGAGAGAACGGGGCCCUGAACUGCAGAGCUAAUGGCAACCCCAAACCCAAAAUUAGCUGGUUAUCGAAUGGAGUCCCAAUAGAAAUUGCCCCUGAUGACCCCAGCAGAAAAAUAAAUGGAGAUACCAUUAUUUUUUCAAGUGUUCAAGAGCGAUCCAGUGCCGUGUACCAGUGCAAUGCCUCUAAUGAAUAUGGAUAUUUACUGGGAAAUGCAUUUGUAAAUGUGCUGGCUGAGCCCCCACGCAUCCUUACAUCUGCAAACACACUCUAUCAGGUCAUCGCAAACAGGCCUGCUCUACUAGAUUGUGCCUUCUUUGGGUCUCCUCUGCCUUCCGUUGAGUGGUUCAAAGGAACUAAAGGUAGUGCUCUUCGUGAAGACCCUUAUUUUUUUCAUGAAAAUGGAACUUUGGAAAUUCCCGUGGCCCAAAAGGACAGCACAGGAACGUAUACAUGUGUUGCAAAGAAUAAGUUAGGAAUGGCAAAGAAUGAAGUUCACUUAGAAAUCAAAGAUCCAACGAGGAUCAUUAAACAGCCUGAGUAUGCGGUUGUGCAAAGAGGGAGCACAGUGUCCUUCGAAUGCAAAGUGAAACACGAUCAUACCUUGAUCCCUACUGUCACCUGGCUGAAGGACCACGGUGAGCUGCCCAGUGACGGAAGGUUCACUAUUGACAAGGACCAUUUGGUGGUAGCUGAUGUAAGUGACGAUGAUGGUGGGACCUACACGUGUGUGGCCAACACAACUCUGGACAACGUUUCUGCCAGUGCUGUGCUUAGCGUUGUCGCUCCUACUCCAACUCCAGCUCCCAUUUACGAUGUCCCAAAUCCUCCCUUUGACUUAGAAUUGACAGAUCAACUCGACAAAAGUGUUCAGCUGUCAUGGACCCCAGGCGAUGACAAUAACAGUCCUAUUACAAAAUUCAUCAUUGAAUAUGAAGAUGCAAUGCACGAGGCGGGGCUAUGGCACCACCAAGCGGAAGUUCCGGGGACGCAGACCAGAGCCCAGCUGAAGCUGUCUCCCUAUGUGAACUACUCCUUUCGAGUGAUGGCAGAGAACAGCCUGGGCAGGAGCUUGCCCAGUGAGGCGUCUGAGCAGUAUUUGACCAAAGCUGCAGAACCAGAUAAAAAUCCCAUGAUGGUGGAAGGACUGGGAUCAGAGCCCGAUAAUUUGGUGAUUACCUGGCAGCCCUUGAAUGGUUUUGAAUCUAAUGGGCCAGGCCUUCAGUACAAAGUGAGCUGGCGCCAGAAAGAUGGUGAUGAUGAAUGGACUUCUGUGAUUGUGGCAAAUGUAUCCAAAUAUAUUGUCUCUGGCACACCAACCUUUGUUCCAUACCUGAUCAAAGUCCAGGCUCUGAAUGAUGUGGGGUUUGCUCCAGAGCCAGCGGUAGUGAUGGGACAUUCUGGAGAAGACCUCCCCAUGGUGGCUCCUGGGAAUGUGCAUGUGACCGUGGUGAACAGUACCUUAGCUGAGGUGCACUGGGACCCAGUGCCUCUGAAAAGUGUCCGCGGACACCUGCAAGGCUAUCGGAUUUACUACUGGACGGACCAGAAUUCAUCAAAGAGAAACAGACGCCACAUUGAGAAAAAGAUCCUCACUUUCCAGGGCAGCAAGACCCACGGCAUGCUGCCGGGGCUGGAGCCCUUCAGCCACUACACGCUGAACGUGCGCGUGGUCAAUGGGAAAGGGGAGGGCCCGGCCAGCCCUGACAGAGUCUUUCACACGCCGGAAGGAGUUCCCAGUGCCCCGUCCUCCUUGAAGAUUGUUAACCCAACACUAGACUCUCUCACUUUGGAAUGGGAUCCACCAAGCCACCCGAAUGGCAUUUUGACUGAGUACACCUUAAAAUAUCAGCCAAUUAACAGCACCCAUGAAUUAGGCCCACUGGUAGAUUUGAAAAUUCCUGCCAACAAGACACGUUGGACUCUAAAAAAUUUAAAUUUCAGCACUCGGUAUAAGUUUUAUUUCUAUGCACAAACAUCAGCAGGAUCAGGAAGUCAAAUAACAGAGGAAGCAGUAACAACAGUGGAUGAAGCAAUGGCAAGCCGGCAGGUGGACAUCGCAACGCAAGGCUGGUUCAUUGGUCUCAUGUGCGCUGUCGCUCUCCUGAUCUUAAUUUUGUUGAUUGUUUGCUUCAUCAGACGAAACAAGGGUGGCAAAUAUCCAGUUAAAGAAAAGGAAGACGCCCAUGCUGAUCCCGAAAUCCAGCCCAUGAAGGAAGACGAUGGCACGUUUGGAGAAUACAGUGAUGCAGAAGACCACAAGCCUUUGAAAAAAGGCAGCCGAACACCGUCGGACAGGACUGUGAAGAAAGAAGACAGUGAUGACAGCCUUGUGGACUAUGGAGAGGGAGUGAAUGGCCAGUUCAACGAGGACGGCUCCUUCAUUGGGCAGUACAGUGGUAAGAAAGAGAAAGAGCCAGCUGAAGGCAACGAGAGCUCAGAAGCACCGUCUCCGGUCAACGCCAUGAAUUCCUUUGUUUGA